AUGGUGGCGCGCCCCAUGGGAAUCGAUCUCAACAUGGUGGACGGCGAGGGCCAGGAGCGCCGCCCGCCGCCGGCGGUGAGCCGGGAGCUGUGGCACGCGUGCGCGGGGCCCGUGGUCGCGCUGCCGCGGCGGGGCAGCCUGGUCGUGUACCUGCCGCAGGGCCACCUAGCCGCGGCGGGCGGCGGGGACGUCGCUGCGGACCUGCCGCCGCACGUGGUGUGCCGCGUCGCGGAUGUCGAGCUAUGCGCGGAUGCGGCGACGGACGAGGUGUACGCGCGGCUGGCGCUGGUUGCGGAGGGCGAGGCAUUUGGGAGAAAUCUGCGUGGUGGUGGAGUUGAAGGGGACGAUGACAUGGAGGAUUUGGAUUCUGAAGGGAAGUCCCGGAUGCUGCACAUGUUCUGCAAAACCCUUACAGCCUCUGACACAAGCACGCAUGGAGGGUUCUCUGUUCCUCGCCGUGCUGCUGAGGACUGUUUCCCGCCUCUGGAUUAUAAUCAGCUCAGGCCUUCUCAAGAGCUGGUUGCCAAGGAUUUGCAUGGAGCGAAGUGGAAGUUUCGUCAUAUAUAUAGGGGUCAGCCUCGUAGGCAUCUCUUGACUACUGGAUGGAGUUCAUUUGUCAAUAAAAAGAAACUGGUUUCAGGGGAUGCUGUGUUAUUUCUCCGAGGUGAUGAUGGUGAACUAAGGCUGGGUGUACGGAGGGCCAUUCAGCUUAAAAAUGAGGCCUUUUUUGAAGAUUUCAGUAGUGACAGUACAAAGCGGCAUACAUUGUCGGCUGUAGCUGAUUCCUUGAAGCACAGAAGUGUUUUUCACAUUUCUUACAAUCCAAGAGCUACUGCUUCAGAAUAUAUUAUUCCAUACCUUAAGUUCCUGAAGAGCCUCAAUCAUCCAGUCUGUAUUGGAGCAAGGAUCAACUUUCAGUGCCAUAAUGAAGAUGUUAGUGAAAGGCGAUCUGGAAUGAUUGUUCGCAUUAGUGAAAUAGAUCCCAUGAAAUGGCCUGGCUCGAAGUGGAGAAGCCUGCUGGUAAGAUGGGAGGGCGUUGCUGAUUGUAACGGCCAAGAUAGAGUAUCUCCAUGGGAGAUCGAGAUAGCUGGUGGUUCUGUCUCUGUUGCUCAUUCUCUGUCCGCAUCUAGUUCUAAAAGAACCAAGUUGUGUGCUCAGGGAAAUUUGGACGUUCCAACAAUGUGGAAUGGUUGCACUGACUCCGUGGAAACUGGAAAGUUACCCAGGGUCUUGCAAGGUCAAGAAUUGAUGGGUUUGAGGACUCGUCAUGUUCCGUGUGCUCCUCAAAUUGCUGAGGCUGCAAAACUUCAAUCUUCUGAUGCUAGUAGGUUCCUUAGUAAUGCACGUGGCUGCGCAUUGAGUGGUCCAACAAGCAGACUCGCAGUGCAUAACUCUGGUUUUACCUACCAAUCUGUAGGCUUCAAUGAAUCUAUUGGAUUCUCAGAGGUCUUGCAAGGUCAAGAAAUUUCUCGGGCAGUUCCUAUGUUCCAAGGAAUGAUGUCUGAGGCUUGUUCACUGAAAGGCGGAUAUGGGCUGCAUAGUUAUAUGCAUACCCCAGUUGCUGUUAAUGGAUUAUCAGCCACAGCUCAAGAAUGUUGUCUCACACUAUCUACUCCGCCAGGAGCACAAGUGCCCUCUCUCUACCCUGAUAAUAUUUUUAACCGAACUGUGGUUCCACAGCUUGGACUGGCAAGCAAGUUUGGUGGAGGUACAAAUGGCCAGCAGUCUGGCCCAUUUGACAGGACGAGGGAAAUUUGGACCAGGCCACAGCAUGCAACACCUGAUCAAAUGAACUUGGAUCAGUUUGAGACUAGAAGAGCUUCAGCACUUGGAGAUGCUGCUAAGCUUGGGUCUGGUGGAGGGGAGGUUCGCAAAACUAGCUGCAGACUUUUUGGUUUCUCCUUGACUGAGAAGAUCUUGCCAGCAGAUGAUGAUGGCGUCAAGGAAGUGAGCUAUGAGCCUGAGUGCCAGAACCCACGGAUGCUGGACCUGUUUGGGUACAACUGCUCAACUCCGAGUGCUGCUCUGCCAGCUCUGUGUGCUGCCCCUAUUGGAAUGUGA